UGACUGGUAGCCCGGUUUUCUUGAUCUUUACGUUCUCUAUAAAUUUAGGGAAGCCAUUGACUACUAACUUUCAUAUCUAGACUGUUCAAAGUACCGAGCUACAGUAGCACACCAAGCAAAGAAAAAGAAUGGGGAAACCAAGGUUGCAGGGUAAGGUGGCCAUUGUCACCGGCGGAGCCACCGGAAUAGGAGCGGAAGCAGUGAGGAUAUUCGUGGAAAACGGAGCAUUUGUGGUCAUAGCAGACAUAAAGGACGAACUGGGUCACAGUUUGGCAACUUCGUUUGGCUCAGACAAAGUGAGUUAUCGGCACUGUGACGUGAGAGACGAGAAUGAAGUUGCAAAAACAGUGGAAUUCACAGUAGACAAAUAUAACAGCUUAGACAUCAUGUUCAGCAACGCUGGCAUCGCAGGAUCUUAUUCAUCCAUACUAGAUUUGGAUCUCAAAGAAUUCGACAACACCAUGGCCAUUAACGUUCGUGGGGUAGCCGCAACCAUCAAGCACGCGGCACGUGUCAUGGUUGCUAGAAAAAUUCGUGGAUCCAUAAUUUGCACUGCCAGUGUGGCUGCUUCCUUCGCGGGAGGCGCGGGUCACGAAUACACCGUAUCAAAACACGGCGUUCUUGGGCUUGUUCGGUCGGCGUGCGGCGAGCUUGGAGCUUAUGGGAUAAGAGUGAAUUCCAUCUCGCCUUAUGCACUUGCCACGCCUAUGACUUGCGCCGCACUCGAUGUGGGACCUGCUGAAGUUGAAGCUGCAGCAUAUGGUUCUGCGAAUUUGGAGGGAAUUACGUUGAAGGCUAACCAUAUUGCGGAAGCUGCUCUGUUUCUUGCUUCUGAUGAAUCGCUUUAUAUCAGUGGCCACAACUUGGUCGUCGAUGGAGGUUACUCCGCCGUCAAUCGCUGGCUUCCUAGGAUUCAAAAGUAAUUAUCCCACGAAAAUAAACGUCUUGUCCUCAGGGUACAAUAGUUUUUCUAUGUUGUUCCACAUCUGUGUUACGUAGCUGUUAAAUUCUUACUUCAUGUGUUGAAUUACUUGUGUGGCCAUAUGCGUGUAAAAUUUACUUAUUGUAAUUUGUCAAUCUUUUCUUACUCGUAGUAUACAUUAUUA